AUGCAACUUCUCAUCACCGAACCUUCCAAUACUGGAGGUUAUCCCGAUAAAGUCCCGCUAUAUGUCUUCAUAAAAGCCAUCAUACCGGCUAUGGAGUUGCGAAACCCGAUCACCUUGCAGAAUAUCCAAGCACGCCUGCUCAUCUGCCUUUACGAAAUCGGGCACAUGAUUCAGCCAUCACUCUUUUUGUCCAUCAGUACUGUCGCGCGCUGUGCAAUAGCUGUUGGCUGCAACCGAAGCGUAAAAUCCACAGAAAGUCCCACCAAAGAUUGGGUUUCUCGAGAGGAGGAGAAACGGGUAUGGUGGACUAUCUAUAUACUGGACAGCUAUGUGCCAAUACUUACCGGGUUCUGCAACUUCGUCACAGACGAUCCCGCCUUGGACGACUGUUUGCCAAUCGAAGACAACCUAUGGGUCACUGAUGCGUUUCCCGUGCCUGAGCCUUUGCCGCUCAUGACACCAGCAAAUGUUCGCGUUGGUCCGCUAGCAAGAACAGUACAGGCUGCGCAUUUGCUUCGAAGAACAACCGUACACGUACGUCGGAGUACUGGAAACGAAAUCUUUAAUGUGAACGAAGCAGCCCAGAUCUACGGCGUUAUGACUUGUCUUUCCGAUUUGAUAACUCAGCAGGCAACAGACCUUUAUUGUAUGAACUUCUGCGGUGCAAUCAGCAUGUGUAACAGUGCACGCAUACUACUCCACCAUUAUCACCAAAUCGACGAAAGGAAUCGCCAUUACGAAUCAUGUAAUCAUUAUUUCGGAACGAUUGCCGAGUCGUGCUCAACUGUCAUCCAUAUGGCAAAGAGAUUCAACUCAAUAGCAACGAUCUUUGACGCAAAUGCUCUUAAUCCGUUGCUUCCAUUCUCCAUCUAUCAGGCUGGUUCUGCACUGGCCAUAUCAGAUGAAUGGAACCUCGAAGAGGAUAAACAACAUUCUCUAAAAGAAUUGAAAGAAAUGCUGUGCGUCUUUAGUCAGCGAUGGAAAAUCGCCGAUUAUCAUUUAGAAAAGCUGGCUAGCACAAAUACCAACGAGAAGUCAUGA